AUGGGUAUCUCUCGUGAUUCACGCCACAAGCGUUCGCACACAGGUGCCAAGCGUGCCUCUUACAGAAAGAAGCGGAAGUUCGAAUUGGGACGUCAACCCGCUAUGACCAAGAUUGGUGCUAAGAGAAUCCACACCGUCCGUACCCGUGGUGGUAACAAGAAGUUCCGUGCUUUGCGUAUUGAGUCUGGUAACUUCUCUUGGGGUUCUGAGGGUACUACCAGAAAGACCCGUAUCAUCUCGGUCGCUUUCCACCCUUCCAACAACGAGCUUGUCCGUACCAACACUCUUACCAAGUCUGCUGUUGUCCAAAUUGAUGCCACUCCUUUCCGUCAAUGGUACGAGUCUCACUACGGUGUUACCCUCGGUAAGAAGAACAAGGCUGCUGCCGCUGAGGAGGAUGCCAAGAAGACCAAGAAGGUUGCUGCUCGUGCUGGUCAAGCCAAGAUUGCCCACUCUCUUGAGACCCAAUUCGGUGCUGGUCGUCUCUACGCUGCCGUUUCUUCUAGACCUGGUCAAUCUGGUCGUGUUGACGGUUACAUUCUUGAGGGUGAGGAGCUUGCUUUCUACUUGAGAAAGAUCACUUCCAAGAAAUAA